AUGACGACAGAGUUCGAUCUUCCAAGGGAUUUGAUGGAGAAGGAGAUUCUGCCUAGGGUUCCCAUAACAUCUCUGAGAGCAGUGCGAUCUACUUGCAAAGACCGGGAGGCAUCAUCCAAAAAUCAGAUUCUUGGUAAAGCAGCAGGAGCAACAAAGCAGCUUCUAGGGUUCAUGAUGAUUGAUUAUAAGGUUUGUUCCUUGAAGUUCGAUCUCCAUGAUGCAAUGCGGGACAACGAAGAGUUGGUUAUAAUUAUAAACCAAGAAAAUUUAGUUGAUCAUGUAGAGAUAUCUCAAAUCAUUCACUGCGAUGGCUUAUUGUUAUGCGUCAUCAAAGACAACAAAGGGCUUGUGGUAUGGAACCCUUAUCUAGGUCAAAUAAAGUGUAUCCAACCAAGAGAAAAGUUCGACAGUUUUGACGUGUAUGCUCUCGGAUACGACAACAACCGCAACCACAAAAUCCUGAGGAUUAUCUUUGAUCACUAUUAUAGGGUUCUCGGGUACGAAAUCUACGAUUUUAGCUUUGGUUCAUGGAAAGACGUUGUCUAUGUCACCCACGACUGGGAUAUAUGGUUCCACCAACCAGGCGCGUCUCUGAAGGGAAAUACUUAUUUUUUUGUUCAAGAGAGAGGAACAAAAGAUCUAAACACAUAUGCACAAGAUAAAAGAAAAAAAAAUUUAGAGGAGUAUUUACUGUGUUUUGAUUUUACAACAGAGAAGUUUGGGCCGCGUCUGCCUCUGCCUCACGAUAAAGAUAAUGUAUCUCUAUCUUGUGUGGGAGAUGAGGAGCUCGCUGUGUUAUGUCAAACUUGGGGUACAAGUCAUGUUAUAGAGAUUUGGGUGACGGACAAGAUUGAUCCCAAUGCGGUGUCAUGGAGAAAUUAUUUGGAACUGUUGGACAGUGGUAUCCAGGUUGACAUCUAUGGUGGAAGCUUUUUCAUUGACGAGGAGAACAAAGCUGCUGUAAUUUUCGACAUAGGCGAACCUGAACCGAACCAGACCUGUCGCUACAGAACAGUUCGCAUCAUUACACAAGAUGGAUUGUUCGCAUCUGGGAAUAUGGGAGAAGCCCCAAAUUUCGGGACACCUCACGAAUCUGGAUAUGUUGAUGAGAAAUAUUGUUUCCCUCUUGUGUGCUCUUCAUAUGUUCCAAGCUUAGUGCAACUUUAA